GAGUCACAUGACCAGAAGCAGCUAACAGUAGCUUAGCAUCUUUAGGAGCACGUCAGAAACAGAACCAACCUGUUGCUCUCAGCUCAGCUUCAGCUUUUAAACCUACAUCCGGUUCUUCAGGGUGCUGCAGCAUCUCUGACCGCGAUGUUAAACGGAACAUUGACGGGAUUUCUGUCGGUGUUUACAUCCGGUUAACGGUUCACUCUGCUAGCCGCUAGCACCGUCCGCUGCCGGAAACAUCCGCUAUCCCUUCUGAGGUGGAUUUCAAAAUAAAACUAAGAGCUAAUGACCAGGCUGUAUUGAGGAAUGUGAUGAAGAGGAGACAUCCGGAGAUGAAGCUGCAUGUAAUUUUGCUGCUGAUCUGGAGCCUCUGUCGUCACAGAGUCGACUGCAGUCUGCCCGACUUCACACCUGCAACACAUCUGCUGCAGGUUGAAGCUUCCGUGAACUCUGAGUCAAAGGUCGUCAGCGUCUUGAUGAAGAAUGAAGUCAGUCGACUUCCUGGACUCUGUCGACGUCUGAAGAGACGAAGAAUCACUGUCCUGUGUAACCUGGAGAAGUUCUGUUGGUGGGGGCGGAGUCAGGGGCGGGGUCAGGUCGGUCAGGUGUGUCGUUGUCCUCGUGGAUCCAGAUGUUCUCAUUUCUUCGUCCAUAGUCUCUGAACCAAUCACGUCAGACAUUCGAUUUUUCUGCCUCAUUGUAUCAAACUGAUUUAACUUGAAUAAAAGCAAAAAAUCAUCA